UGCUCCCGUCAACUUUUCUUUUCAAGCCUGAGGAGUGAAUCCAAACAGAAGCCAGCAUGGUUGAGUGGAGCGACAAGGAGCGCAGCAUCAUCAAUAGCCUCUUUUCCACCUUGGACUAUGAAGAUAUCGGCUCCAAGACUCUGUCCAGGUGUCUGAUCGUCUACCCCUGGACUCAGAGGUAUUUCAACAACUUUGGACCGCUCUACAGCGCCGAGGCCAUCACAUCCAACCCCAACAUCGCAGCCCACGGAGUGAAGAUCCUGCACGGCCUGGACCGCGCUGUGAAGAACAUGGACAACAUCAAGAACGCUUACACUGAGCUGAGUGUGCUGCACUCUGACAAGCUGAAAGUGGACCCCGACAACUUCACGCUGCUGGCAGACUGUCUGUCCAUCGUCAUUGGAGCCAAACUGGGCAGCAACUUCACCAUCGAGACCCAGGCCACUUUCCGGAAGUUCCUGGCUGUGGUGGUGUCUGCCCUGGGAAAGCAGUACCACUAGAUCACCAAGCUGCACACCACAGGGAGAUCUGAAGUCUGUAGACACAUCUGACCUGUCUCCUCAAAUAAAAUAAAAACUCAGCA